GAGUGGCGGUGCCAACGUCGCUCGGACAGAAAGCUGUUGCUUUGCUGCUACUUAAAUAUGUUGUCGACCAGUGAUCCAAUACUUUAGAUUGUCCUCGAAGACCUGUGCUCGCCACGUUGUUCUCCGAUAAAACUCCGGUCAUAGACGUUACCGCGACUACCGGAGCGUUGUUCCGAACGCCAGCGAAGUUUAAUCCUGAUGGACUACACGGAGAUCAUCGCUAACUUGGCGACUGUGGCCACGGUGAUCAAUUUCGCCAGUGGAGUGGAAAUAUGCUACAAAAUCUACAGACAGAACUCGACUGUCGAUUGCACACCUGCUCCAUUCAUGAUGGGAAUGCUCUGUUCCUUCCUCUGGUUCCAAUAUGGCAUCCGGAAACCCGACAUGACCGUCACGUCGGUUAACGUGUUCGGCUUCACGCUAUGGACAGCUUUUUUGUUUUGGUUCUAUCUCUAUUCCAAGCCAAAGAGUCAUCUCAAUACCCACAUAGGCAUUCUUCUGAUUGUUAUUUUUGGAACGCAUUUCCUUCUCUUUUACGGGCUUGAAGAUGUCGAUACCGCAUUGAAGGUCGCAGGAUACAUGGGCGUUAUCUCAUCACUCGCGUAUUUCGCUUCACCAUUGCUGCUUCUGGCGAAAGUUCUCCAGACGCGGUGCUCACAGUGCCUCCCAUUACCAUUGAUAGUCUCUUCGUUUUGCACAGCGUCUCUCUGGACGCUGUACGGGCUGCUGCGCGAGGACUCCUUCAUUGUUGUUCCCAAUGGAAUCGCGUCCGUGAUCACGUCGUCCCAGCUGUUUCUGAUCUGUAUCUUCCCCCGGAAACCCCAGGGGGACCUGACGAGACUCGUCAUAUGAGAUCCGAGAGCUCAAGUGAUAUGAAAAACAUUCCCUACGCAUCGUUGGUCCGCAUUAGCAAGCGAAAAGGACAAAGCGAAAAUGUACAGAAUAAUAUACGUAUUUAUUUUCUACAUGUGAUACGGGAGCGAUCCUCGACCUCAUUCCGCAUAAAGAGGAAGA